UUUUCAAUCUUCUUCUCUUCUUUUUUCAGUUCUUUUAAACUAGCUCUUUGAUCUAUAACUAUAGCUGUAAUGGUGGCUAGAAAAUAAAUCUUCGAUUCAAAAAAAUAUAUUGAAAUAACUGUUACAAAUAUUAUAAUUUUUUGACAGAACACAACACCAUUGGUUGGUGACAUUUCAACCUACGUCACCUGCGGGUAACAACCUUAUUCGCCGUUGCUUCCUUCUUGAAGACCUUCUCUUCAUUCUCCAAUUUUACCGCUUCCUUGAUCCUCUAUUCAUUAUAAAUAAAGGAAAAGAGAGAAAUGGCUUUAUGAGUAUAAAAUAUUGAGUUUUUCUUCUUUCUAGAAAUGGCUUCUUUCAAUGUUUCUUCUUGCCCUUCAACAACCACAAGAGCAGCUCGCUCUGGUUCCAAAGCAUGCACGAACUUCAGAUUGUUCAAUGGAUUACAUUGUGUGAAUUCAUUUUCUGCAAAUGGGAAUGCAUUGAAUUUGGCAUUGAUCCGGCUGGAUGGUAGUAAAUCAUUUUUUGGUAUUAAGGGUGCUAGCAAAACUCGAGCCACGCUGAUAUCUGGUGAUGAGCUACUGUCCUAUUCUAAUGACAAUGGUGUUGUUGGAAAGAGUGCUCUUCUAGAUAAUGGUUCUGUUGGGGUUGACUUACAGCCUAAGGCAGUAGCAUUUGGAGCCCUAUCGGCGGAUAAUGAUGACCGUCAAUUGGAUUGCCCCUCAGAAGGGUUUUCUUCCAUCCCUGACGCCAUUGAGGAUAUUCGCCGAGGAAAGAUUGUAGUGGUUGUAGAUGAUGAAGAUAGAGAAAAUGAAGGGGAUCUCAUUAUGGCAGCAGAGUUGGCAACACCUGAAGCUAUGGCGUUUAUUGUAAAGCAUGGCACUGGAAUAGUUUGUGUGAGCAUGAAAGGUGAAGAUCUGGACAGGUUACAGCUUCCUUUGAUGGUUAGGCAAAAUGAAAAUGAUGAAAAACUUCGUACAGCUUUCACUGUAACUGUGGAUGCUAAACAUGGCACAACAACUGGGGUUUCGGCUAAUGAUAGGGCAACAACAGUGUUAGCUCUUGCAUCCAAAGAUUCAAAGCCUGACGAUUUCAACCGCCCAGGCCACAUUUUUCCAUUGAGGUAUAGGGAGGGUGGUGUUCUGAAAAGAGCUGGACACACAGAAGCUUCUGUUGAUCUUGCCAUUCUAGCUGGAUUGGAUCCUGUUGCAGUUCUAUGUGAGGUUGUAGACGAUGAUGGCUCCAUGGCUAGAUUACCGAAGCUUCUUCAAUUUGCAGAGAGGGAGAACUUGAAAGUUAUAUCUAUAGCUGAUUUAAUCAGGUAUAGAAGGAAGACAGAUAAGUUGGUAGAAUUUGCUUCUGCUGCUCGGAUACCAACAAUGUGGGGGCCGUUCACAGUUCAUUGUUAUAAGUCAAUCUUGGAUGGCAUUGAGCAUGUUGCAAUGGUUAAGGGUGACAUUGGAGAUGGGGAGGAUAUUCUUGUUAGGGUACAUUCAGAAUGCCUCACAGGAGAUAUAUUUGGAUCUGCUAGAUGUGAAUGUGGGAAUCAGCUGGCACUUGCAAUGCAGCAGAUUGAAGCUGCUGGCAGAGGUGUUUUGGUCUAUCUCCGCGGGCAUGAAGGGCGUGGCAUUGGCUUGGGUCAUAAACUCCGUGCAUACAAUCUACAAGAUGAUGGACGUGAUACCGUGGAGGCAAAUGAGGAGUUGGGGCUGCCUGUUGAUUCACGAGAAUAUGGCAUUGGCGCCCAGAUGUUACGAGAUCUGGGUGUCCGAACAAUGAAGUUGAUGACAAACAACCCUGCAAAGUACAUCGGGCUCAAGGGUUAUGGAUUGGCAGUUGCAGGAAGAGUUCCGCUAUUAACUCCCAUCACAAAGGACAGCAAGAGAUAGCAAUGGUAGUGAUAAUGGCAAUGGUAAUGGUAAAUCCAGCAUCGACAUUCCACCUGGUGUUGCUUCUGACUGGUAGACCAGUUGCAUCCUCGCUUCAGACAGCCAGGAGUCAAUUAUGAGGUUCCAGUUGGGUUCUUUAACAUGACAGAACGGCAAAAUCAUGAAUUGGAUUAUGAAAAGAGCAUAGAUUCUUUCAUUGUACUCAACUCAAAUUCAAAAACUAUGAUUACAGUGCUUUGCGAGAGAGAAAUUAAAUGUCUCAGCUAGUGUAUUGAACAGCCAUUCAUUCUUUGUUUAAUGUGUAAAGUAGACAGAACAAAAUAAAUCUCAUUUAAUGCAUUUGUAACUUGAUCAUUGUAA